UUCUUUCUAGUGAUAUAUCAAGAUAGAUGAUGCCCUAAAAAAUAAGAGUCAAAAAUAUAUCUCAAAUUCAACACAUUUUUCUACUUCCGGUUUGCCAUUCGUGUCGGCUCGUUUAGCCAAGCGUGUUCAAAAGUUGAAUCAUAAUCUGCACAUGUUGAACAGGUUCAAUGGAGACGCACAAAGAGCACUUGUUUCAUUUAAGGGCCUAAUCUUUGUAUAGACUUGGCAUAUAUAUUAUCUAUCAAGUUAGUGGUAAAGAAAACUAGGUGAAUAAGAAAAAAAUGGAAUGCAAUAGAGAUGAGGCAAUGAGAGCGAAAGAAAUUGCUGAAAUUAAGUUUUCUAGGAAGGAUGUCGAAGGGGCAAAAAAAUUUGCUUUGAAGGCCCAAAGUUUGUAUCCUGAUCUUGAGGGUAUUUCUCGAAUGAUAGCAACUUUGGAUGUAUAUAUUGCUGCUGAAAAUAAAAUAAAUGGUGAAUCAGAUUUCUACGGGAUACUUGGGGUAAACCCAUUGGCUGAUGAUGAUACUGUGAGGAAAAAUUAUCGGAAACUAGCUUUAUUUCUUCACCCUGACAAGAACAAGUCUGUAGGGGCAGAUGGCGCGUUCAAAUAUGUCUCAGAAUCGUGGAGUCUUCUAGCUGAUAGAACUAAACGAUCUGCGUAUGACCAGAGGAGAAAAGUUUAUAAGCAACAUUCCACCCAAAAUGGUGGAGCACCAUCACCGGGGCAGAAUGGCUUUUAUAAUUUCACAACAAGUACAACUACUCGUGUGAAAAGUACGACCAAGGAUAGAGGGACGCCGGGCACGAGUUCUUCCACAGAAAAACAAACGCCGAAGACAUUUUGGACUGUGUGCCAUGGAUGCAAGAUGCAGUAUGAGUAUUUAAGAAUGUAUCUACAUCAAAAUCUUCUGUGUCCGAAUUGCAAUGAACCCUUUCUGGCAAUGGAGACUGCAGCACCAAACACCAAAGUUUCGACUAAAGGUUUUAAAAGUCAAAAAGUAAAAAAUGCAUCUAAUACAGGAAAGCAAAAGUCAACAAAUAAUUCAUCUUUCCAGUGGGGUCCAUUCUCAAAAGCAAGCAAUCCUGCAUCAGAAGCUUAUGCUGCAUCCGUGGUUCAACAAACUUAUGAGAAAGUCAAGAGAGAGAGAGAAGAAGCUCAGGCAGCCAUUAAACGAGAAGAAGCUUUAAGAAGGAAAAAGAAUUCGAAAAGAACCCAUAAUCUUUCAUCCUCUGGUCACUUCAAUUCUGCGAAACGAAAGCAGGAAGAGGUUGACGCCUUGACAGGUAUCUCGAGUAUCGGUAUCCGCACUCAAUUAGUAAAAAAAGCUAGAAACGAAAUCAAGAAGAAGUUGCAUGAAUGGAGUAGCUCAAAAGCUGUGGCUAACUGCAAAAAUGAAAAAGAAAUACGGGAUGACUCCUUAAUUAGAGACUCACCAAAGAAAGCUAUCGAGCCUCUCGUGGUUGAUGUUCAGGAUCCUGAUUUUCAUAAUUUUGACCGGGAAAGAUGUGAAGCAUGUUUUAAAGAAGGCCAGGUCUGGGCUGCAUAUGAUGAUGAUGACGGGAUGCCCCGACAUUAUGCCUUGAUCCGCAAGGUCAGUUCAGUUGACCCUUUUAAGAUAAAGGUAUGUUGGCUAAAUUCCCGUACUGACAACGAAUUGGAUCCGUUUUCUGGAUUCUCAACUGCAUUUGGUGAGUUUAGGACAGGAAAACAUGAGAUUGUUUCUGUACCUAAUUAUUUUUCGCACAAAAUUAACUUUACGAGAUUGGAAAAUGGGAUUUUACAAGUUUACCCAUGGAAAGGAGAUGUUUGGGCCUUAUAUAGAAUGUGGUCUCCUGAAUGGAAUGAAGAAACACCAAAUGAAGUAAAACAUAAAUAUGAAAUCGUUGAAAUUGACGAGUAUGAUGAAGACGUGGGUUUUACGGUUACUCAACUUGUGAAAGUUGCAGGCUUUAAGACGGUUUUUCACAGACAAAUAAAUCCAAAGCUAUCAAGAAUAAUUCCAGAAUCUGAGAUUUGUCGGUUUUCUCAUCAAAUACCUUCACAUUUGUUGACUGGCCAAGAAUCUCACAAUGCUCUAAAGGGUUGUCGUGAGCUAGAUCCUGCAGCCACACCUGACGAACUUCUGAAAAUUAUAGAAGUUGUACAGGAACGAGAAAAUAUACAUGACGACGGUGAUGAUGGUCAUGAUGGUGACGUGUUGGCCAAAGAUUUAGACUUGCCCAGUAAUCAUGUGUCAGCAGUUUUAACAGAUGUUGAGUCAGCAGUUUUGGCAGAUGUUAAGGAAGUAGUGAAUGAAGAACGGUGAACGCUGAUCAGGUAGCACUUUUGGUGGUCCUGAUGUCCUUUUGCUUGAAGUUUGUCGGAUUAGUUAGACUUCCUUGACCGGAGAUUUCAGGUGAUUGAUAGACGCAAAAAUUGUAGCUGAGAGUAGAAGGAACUGAGGAGUGUGCGUUAUGCAGUUGGACAAUGUGCAUAAUAGUUUGUCCAUCGGCUCGUUUAUACUGGAUAUAGUCCAUUUUAGAGUACUUACAUGUUUUAUUUGUCAUUGUUAUUGUGCCUGAGGAACUGUAACAUUGCUAGCUUUGACUUCAUGAUUGGGGGUCAAGAUAUCACAGAUGUAUACAGUGAGAUGGAUGUCUAGGGUUAUAGGUUUAUUUAUUAAUCUUUAAUCAUUGACAUUUAAUUAUUAAUUCUUGCUCCCUUGAUUUCAUGCA